GUUCGAAGAAACAAACGACACCCUACCUCCUCUCUCUCUCUCGAUCGACCGCAGGAGCGAUUGGCGAACACUACAGAGAGGUGUGGAUCGGCGAACACGGCUUUGUAAUCUGAGAGCAGCAGUAUUCGUCGUCGGCUGCGGAUUUUCAAUCCUCGAAGAAGCAUUGCAUUUGUCAGAUAAGCCUUCUUUCUCAUUGAGAUUGCCCUUCAGUUUGCGGGGAUGGGUUUGUGGACAUUACUAGAGGGCUUUUUGCUUCUCGUGAAUGCGCUGGCGAUACUGAACGAGGACCGGUUUCUUGCCCCUAGAGGAUGGAGCUUCAACGAGGUUACGGGUGGUGCGAGAGUGAAGUCAUUGAGGGGACAACUUAUAGGGCUCAUAUAUGCUACACAAUAUUUGAGAGUUCCACUCAUUGUCCUCAAUACAAUCACUAUCCUUGUUAAGUUAGUCUCAGGUUAACAUGAAGUAAAAGUUUCAUUGCA